AACAUCAACUUGCAACAAGUCACUAACAUUGAUCAACUACUCUAGUUCUUCAUCAGAAAUGGAAGAGACCACCAACAGUACUUCAACAGCGAAAAGGUAUGCUGUGGUUACAGGAGCCAACAAAGGAAUUGGACUCGAGAUAUGCCGACAGCUAGCAUCUAAUGGAAUUGCAGUAAUAUUAACAGCCAGAGAUGAGAAGAAGGGUGUUGAAGCUAUAGACAAUCUCAAAGUUUCUGGCCUCUCAGAUAUGUUUUUUCAUCAACUUGACGUCAAUAAUGCAGGAAUUCUUGGACUUACUACGGAUCAUGAAGCAUAUAGAGACUACAGACAAGGAGGGGGGAUCGUGAGCGAUGAGGAUGCUCACUUGUUGGACAAACUCAUGAAGCAAACUUAUGAGAUGACACAAGAGUGUCUCAAGACAAAUUAUUAUGGAACCAAAGGAGUAACUGAAGCACUUCUUCCUCUCCUGCAACUCUCCAAUUCAGCAAGAAUAGUGAACGUUUCCUCUGUUAAUGGACAACUAAGUUUUAUCAACAACGAGAAGGUCAAAGAAGAGUUGCAGAAUGUCGACAGCUUAACAGAAGAGAAAAUAGACAAGAUUUUGCUGUGGUUUCUAAUGGAUUUUAAGGAGUAUAAGUUGCAGGCUAAUGGGUGGCCCCUUAUAGUGUCUGCUUAUAAAGUUUCCAAAGCUGCCAUAAAUGCCUAUACUAAACUUGUAGCAAGGAAAUUCCCUGAUUUUCGUGUAAAUUGUGUUCAUCCUGGAUAUGUCAAAACAGAUAUGAAUGAUAACACAGGAAACUUGACUCCAGAGGAAGGUGCUAGAGCACCUGUAAUGCUGGCUUUGUUGCCUGAUAAUGGUCCUUCUGGCUCCUACUAUGAUGAGAUGCAUGCAUCCAUCUUCUGAUCUAAAAAUAAUCUGCAUAUAUGUGAAUGAUAAUGGCUAGUUAUACUUGUGGUA